UCUCCACCCUUCAUAUCCCAAUUCCCCUUAGCUUCAAAGAACCAAUCUUUCUGCUGAAGUAGUUGGAAAAAAUGGCAGCAGAAAUGGCUUUAGUAAAACCCAUAACCAAAUUCAACACCAUUAACACCACCACUGCACGGCUGAGCAGCCGCAGACUGCCGUUCACAGUUAGAAUGUCAGCCGCCACCACCACCCCACCAACUUCAAAACCCUCCAAGAAACCUCAGAAACAAGGAAUCAAAGAGUCCCUUUUGACACCAAGAUUUUACACUACUGAUUUUGAUGAAAUGGAGACCCUUUUCAACACUGAGAUCAACAAGAACCUGAAUGAGGCUGAGUUUGAAGCCCUUUUGCAGGAAUUCAAAACUGAUUACAACCAGACUCAUUUUGUUAGGAACAAGGAGUUUAAAGAAGCUGCUGAUAAAAUGCAGGGACCUCUAAGGCAAAUCUUUGUUGAAUUCUUGGAGAGGUCUUGCACUGCUGAGUUCUCUGGUUUUCUUCUCUACAAGGAACUUGGAAGGAGGCUCAAGAAAACUAAUCCUGUUGUUGCAGAGAUUUUCUCCCUCAUGUCUAGGGAUGAAGCUCGCCACGCCGGGUUUUUGAACAAGGGUUUAUCUGACUUCAAUUUGGCGUUGGACUUGGGGUUCUUGACCAAAGCAAGAAAAUACACUUUCUUCAAACCAAAGUUCAUCUUCUAUGCAACUUACUUGUCUGAGAAAAUUGGGUACUGGAGGUACAUUACCAUAUACAGGCAUCUCAAGACCAAUCCUGAGUUCAUAUGUUAUCCGAUUUUCAAAUACUUCGAGAACUGGUGCCAAGAUGAGAACCGCCAUGGUGAUUUCUUCUCUGCUUUGAUGAAAGCACAGCCUCAGUUUCUCAAUGACUGGAAGGCAAAGCUGUGGUCUCGCUUCUUCUGCCUUUCGGUAAUUAACCACCUGCAUUUGAAGUAUCCUUUCAUUAUGAUAAGCCAACUUGAAAAGGCUCUUUACAUUGCCUUCUACAUAGUUUUGAUAAUAAUCUUACUUGUGCUUACCAAAAUGCAGGUUUAUGUCACAAUGUACUUGAAUGAUUGCCAAAGAACAGAUUUUUACGAAGGCAUUGGACUUAACACCAAAGAAUUUGACAUGCAUGUCAUCAUUGAGACAAACCGCACAACUGCAAGGAUUUUCCCUGCUGUCCUUGAUGUUGAGAACCCAGAAUUCAAGAGGAAGUUGGACAGGAUGGUGGAGAUUAACACCAAACUAAUUGCUGUUAGUGAGAGUGAUGAGAUUCCACUGGUGAAGAAUUUCAAAAAGAUCCCUCUGAUUGCAGCUUUGGCUUCUGAGUUAUUGGCUGCGUAUCUCAUGAAACCUAUUGAGUCAGGUUCAGUUGAUUUUGCAGAGUUUGAACCACAACUUACCUACUAAUUUCCUUUUCACGAGAAACAGAAUCUCGAUUGUUUUGUUUUCACAUAGAGGUCCAUGUUCAUUGUUGUAAGUUAUAUAGUGUAUUCAAGAAACAGUUUCCUGCAUAGAGGACACUCCCUUGUAUUAUCUAGAAUGAAUUUCUUGUGAGUACAUCAUUAAAAGUUUUCAUCUUCACUGGUCUCA